AUCUCAGCCACAGUGGAUUGGGAGACCAUUAUGAGAAUUCCCACUGGGGACAGCAGCCCGCUUUCAGGAGUGAAGGCAACUGCAGCUGGGAUAAAGUGAUAAUAGACAGGACUGACAAGGAAGCGUGGCCUUCCAUUACCGGAGCUGAGACUGAGUCUGCCUCAGAAUGUACUACAGACACUGACUCUGCCUCCAACUGUGGCUCAGAGAACAGUAGCAUGGCUACAGGGAGUGCCCAAGGCAACUUCACUGGACAUACAAAGAAAACUAAUGGCAAUAAUGGCGCCAACGGAGCACUCGUCCAAAGCACUUCUAACCAGAGUGCCCUUGGAGCUGGUGGAGCAAACGGCAACGGCAACUCGGCCAGAGUGUGGGGUAUGGCUGCGGGCUCCAGCUCUGGCCUAGCUCACUGCUCUGCCAGCGGCGGGGAUGGAAAGAUGGACAACAUGAUGGGAGAUAGUAGAAGUCAGAACUGCUGGGGUGCUUCCAACUCGAAUGCUGGCAUUAAUCUUAACCUUAAUCCUAAUGCCAAUCCAGCUGCCUGGCCUGUACUUGGACAUGAAGGAACUGUGGGAGCAGGCAACCCUUCCAGUAUUUGCAGUCCGGUCAGUGCCAUAGGUCAGAACAUGGGCAACCAGAAUGGGAACCCAACAGGCACCUUAGGUGCUUGGGGAAACUUGUUGCCGCAAGAGAGCACAGAACCACAAACGUCCACUUCUCAGAAUGUGUCUUUCAGCGUACAACCUCAGAACCUUAACACUGAUGGACCAAAUAACACUAACCCCAUGAACUCUUCACCAAACCCUAUCAAUGCAAUGCAGACAAAUGGACUGCCGAACUGGGGGAUGGCUGUUGGUAUGGGGGCCAUCAUCCCGCCCCACCUGCAAGGCCUUCCUGGUGCUAACGGAACAUCAGUUUCUCAAGUCAGUGGGGGCAGUGGUGAAGGAAUGGGCAGUUCAGUGUGGGGGAUGUCCCCAGGUAAUCCUGCCACAGGAAACAGUAAUUCUGGGUUCAGUCAGGGGAAUGGAGACACUGUGAACUCAGCGUUAAGUGCUAAACAAAAUGGAUCCAGCAGUGCUGUGCAAAAGGAAGGAAACGGAGCGAGCGCGUGGGAUUCGGGGCCUCCUUCUGGUCCUGGGGUACUAGCGUGGGGCCGGGGCGGUGGCAAUGGCGGUGUUGGUAGUAUGCAUUCUGGAGCUUGGGGCCACUCCAACCGUAACACCAGUAACGGUGUGAACAGUGAGUGGGGCAAAGCCCCAAACCAGCAUUCCAAUAGCGACAUCAAUGGGAAAGGAUCAACAGGGUGGGAUAGCUCUAGCAUUACCAGUCCCAAUCCUGCCAUGCAGCAGGGCAAUGAACAAAUAAACUCUUGGGCCAAAGCUGCAGCAUCUGGCACCACCGCUAGCGAAGGAAGUAAUGACAGCGGUGGGAGUCAAAAUGAAGGCAGUACUGGGAGGGAGGGGGCUGGAGAAGGCAGGAGGAGAGACAAAGGGAUGAUAGACCAAGGGCAGGUUCAGUUGCCAAGAAAUGACCUUGACCCCAGGGUCCUGUCCAAUACGGGGUGGGGACAGACCCCUGUAAAGCAAAACACUGCCUGGGAAUUUGAAGAGUCCCCAAGGUCUGAACGAAAGAAUGACAAUGGAACAGAGGCCUGGGGUUGUGCAGCUACUCAGUCUUCAAACUCAGGGGGGAAGAACGAUGGGUCCAUCAUGAACAGUACAAAUACCUCUUCAGUAUCUGGGUGGGUCAACUCUCCACCGGCAGCUGUUCCAACAAAUACAGGUUGGGGAGACAAUAACAACAAAGCACCAAAUGGCCCAGCGGGGUGGGGAGAGUCAGCAAGCUCUACUACUGUUAAUAAUGCUGCUGCUGCCAAAAGUGGCCACGCUUGGACUGGGACCGCAAAUCAGGAGGACAAAUCGCCUACCUGGGGUGAACCUCAGAAACCCAAAUCUCAAAACUGGGGAGAUGGACAGAAAUCAAAUGCAAGCUGGACUUCAGGAGGUGGAGAUUGGACAGAUUCAUCAUCUGUUCCUGGACACUUGGGUGAUGGGAAGAAAAAUGGAUCUGGAUGGGAUUCUGACAGUAGAUCGGGGUCUGGUUGGAAUGAUUCCACAAGGUCUGGGACCAGUGGGUGGGGAAAUGGCACAAACAGCAAGGCUAAUACAGGUACAAGUUGGGGGGAAUCUUUAAAGCUAGGCCCCCAACAAAAUUGGGCUAAUAAACCCCAGGACAACAAUGUGAGUAACUGGGGAGGAGCUGCUUCUGUAAAACAGACGGGGUCGGGGUGGGUUGGUGGGCCAGUGCCAGCCAAACAAAAAGAGAACUGUGAGGCAACUGGCUGGGAAGAGCCAUCUCCACCGUCCAUUCGCCGCAAGAUGGAAAUCGAUGAUGGUACCUCAGCGUGGGGCGACCCAAAUUACAACAACAACAAGACUGUAAACAUGUGGGAUAGAAAUAAUCCUAUAAUCCAGAGCAGUACCACAACCAAUACCACCACCACUAGCACCAUUAUCAACUCAAAUAUGGUUGAACCUCAGCCGUCGCACCAGUCAAGUGCCCGCGAACCGUCCCCCCCGCUGCUUGGUCCAGCAGGCUGGGGAGAAAUGCCUACUGUCCACACCAAGACCGAAGCUUCUUGGGGAGAGCCGUCUUCCCCUUCUGCUGCAGUCGAUAAUGGCACUUCGGCCUGGGGGAAGCCCCCCAGCAGUGGGCAGGUGUGGGGAGAUAAUCCUGCCGAGCCAGCAGGGACGUAUGGAAGAACAAACGCUCCAGCUGCUGCCCCAGCACUGUGCAAACCAGCUUCAAAAUCUAUGCAAGAAGGCUGGGGCAGUGGUGGGGAUGAAGUGAAUCUCAGUACUAGUCAGUGGGAAGAUGAAGAAGGAGAUAUGUGGAAUAAUACUGCUUCACAAGAGAGCAGCUCCUCCUGUAAUUCUUGGGGGAACGCCCCAAAGAAAGGACUUCAAAAGGGCAUGAAGACAUCUAGCAAGCAAGAUGAGGCCUGGAUCAUGAACCGCCUGAUCAAACAGCUCACAGACAUGGGCUUCCCUAGAGAGCCAGCGGAAGAGGCCUUGAAGAGCAACAAUAUGAAUCUCGAUCAGGCCAUGAGUGCUCUGCUGGAAAAGAAGGUGGAAAUGGACAAGCGUGGAAUGGGAGUGACCGACUAUAAUGGAAUAGUCACCAAACCCCUUGGCUGCCGCCCACCACCAAUCUCCAAAGAGUCUUCCAUGGACCGCCCCACCUUCCUUGACAAGCUCACCCUUUCUUUCUCCAAUCAGGAUGGCGGCCUAGUGGAAGAGCCCACUACUUCACCAUUUUUGCCUUCACCAAGCCUGAAGCUCCCCCUUUCAAACAGUGCACUCCCUAAUCAGACCCUGGGUGGGAUUGCCUCAGGGCUGGGCAUGCAAAACUUGAAUUCUUCUAGACAGAUACCAAGUGGCAAUCUGGGUAUGUUUGGCAAUAGCGGAGCAGCACAAGCCAGGACCAUGCAACAGCCGCAGCAACCGCCAGUGCAACCUCUUAAUUCAUCCCAGCCUAGUCUUCGUGCUCAAGUGCCUCAGUUUCUAUCCCCUCAGGUUCAAGCACAGCUUUUGCAGUUUGCAGCAAAAAACAUUGGUCUCAGCCCUGCACAGUUAACCUCGCCAAUUAAUAAUCCUCAGCAUAUGACGAUGUUGAACCAGCUCUAUCAGCUGCAGCUGGCGUACCAACGUUUACAAAUCCAGCAGCAGAUGUUACAGGCUCAGCGUAACGUUUCCGGACCCAUGAGACAACAGGAGCAGCAAGUUGCACGUACAAUCAAUAACAUGCAGCAGCAGAUCCAGCAGCACCAGCGCCAGCUGGCCCAGGCCCUGCUGAUGAAGCAGCAGCCUCCCCCUCCACAUCUAUCUUUGCACCCCUCUGCAGGCAAAUCAGCCAUGGAUAGCUUUUCACCCCAUCCCCAGGCUCCCGGCCUUCCUGACCUGCAGACCAAAGAGCAACAGUCUUCACCGAACACCUUUGCUCCUUACCCUCUUGCUGGACUGAACCCGAACAUGAAUGUAAAUAACAUGGACAUUACUGGUGGUUUGUCAGUGAAGGACACUUCUCAGUCCCAGUCUCGCCUUCCUCAGUGGACACACCCCAACUCAAUGGAUAAUCUGUCUAGUGCUGCUUCUUCACUUGACCAGAACUCCAGCAAGCACGGUGCUGUACCUGGAGGUUUAAGUAUUGGUCCUCCAGGAAAGUCCUCCAUUGAUGACUCUUACGGCCGGUAUGAUCUGAUUCAGAACAGUGAAUCGCCCGCCAGUCCGCCUGUAGCUGUUCCUCACAGCUGGUCACGUGCCAAAACCGAUAGUGAUAAGAUUUCCAAUGGCUCCAGCAUAAACUGGCCACCAGAGUUUCAUCCAGGAGUGCCAUGGAAAGGCCUGCAGAAUAUUGAUCCUGAAAAUGACCCCGAUGUUACUCCUGGAAGUGUUCCAACUGGGCCUACCAUAAACACCACAAUACAGGAUGUUAAUCGCUAUCUUCUCAAGAGUGGAGGGUCAUCCCCAACAUCAUCUCAGAAUGCCACGCUGCCUUCAUCGAGUGCCUGGCCGCUUAGUGCCUCCGGCUACAGUAGCUCUUUCAGCAGCAUUGCAUCCGCACCUAGCAUUGCAGGUAAACUGUCAGACAUCAAGUCUACGUGGUCCUCUGGCCCAAUCUCUCACACGCAAGCCUCUCUGUCCCAUGAACUAUGGAAGGUACCCAGAAACACUACUGCUCCUACGAGACCGCCUCCAGGCUUAACCAACACCAAGCCAUCGUCUACAUGGGGUGCCAGUCCCCUGGGCUGGACCAGCUCCUACUCCUCUGGUUCUGCGUGGAGUACUGACAGCUCGGGGAGAACAAGCAGCUGGCUGGUUCUUCGCAACCUCACACCCCAGAUUGAUGGUUCCACACUGCGGACACUGUGUUUGCAACAUGGCCCUCUAAUAACAUUCCACUUGAACCUGACACAAGGGAAUGCUGUGGUCCGAUACAGUUCCAAGGAAGAAGCAGCCAAGGCCCAGAAGUCUCUGCAUAUGUGUGUCCUAGGAAACACUACCAUCCUGGCCGAGUUUGCUGGGGAAGAGGAAGUCAACCGUUUCUUAGCACAAGGCCAGCCGCUGCCGCCCACCUCCAGCUGGCAGUCCAACACUGGAACCAACCAGACUCGCCUGGGCUCCUCGAGCAGCUCGCACGGCCUGGUGCGCACCGACGCCGGCCACUGGAACCCUCCGUGCCUGGGGGGCAAGGGCAGCAGCGACCUGUUGUGGGGGGGGGUGCCUCAGUACUCCAGCAGCCUUUGGGGACCCCCCAGCGCCGACGACGGCAGAGUCAUCGGCAGCCCGACACCUUUGAAUACUCUUCUUCCGGGUGAUCUUCUCAGUGGAGAGUCCAUCUAGGAAACAAGAGAAACAAAACGGAAAUAACAAUCAUCAGCACUAAAGGAAAAAAUAAAAACCAUAACCCUUUCCAGUCCCGGGCUUGAUGAAGAAUCCAGCUUUAACAGAUCAGACUGGCAGCCCUUGUUAGUACCUCUGUCCGAUAUUGAGUAUGAACCUGCAUAGUCCUUGUGAACUGUUCCUGAAACAGUAUGGGCUACUCUUGGUCAGUGUCACGUGCUAAUGACAGGUUUUAUUUUUGUCAUGGCUUUUUGUUUUAUGUCGUCUUUUUACGUUUGUAUGGUGAUUUUCAAAACAAAGUAUAAAAGCUGCUUAGAAUAGGUCUAUCAUGAAGGGCACUUUUCAGAAUUUGGGCUGGAAAGGGUUAUUUUAUCAA